UGGCCACGAAGUGAGGGAGCUUCAUCCUCAAUUUCUCAUUCCUCUCACCCCCUCUGGUUCUCCAGUCUCCACCCGCUCUUCAAUGGCGAUCGACGGAGCCUAAAACCCUAACCCUAAUCCCCAUGGCCUCCCUCUCCACCUCCCUCUCAGCUACCUCGCGAAGCAUCCACCGCCACCUCCUUUCCACUCCCCCCUCCAAACCCUCGCUCCUCCUCCUCCGCUCCCCUCGCCAUGGCCUCUUCGUCUCCCCUCUCCCCCUCUCCCUCCACUCCGCGAACCCUAAGUUCGCCGCGGUCCCCGCCAUUAGGGCCAGCUUCGACCUGACGGCCGGGGCCAAGCCCGGGACCUCCGUGGAGACCGACAAGCUCCCGUCCCACGUGCGGGAGCGGGCGAUGGAGGCCGUGGACGCGUGUGGCGGGAGGGUCACGAUCGGAGACGUUGCGAGCCGCGCGGGGCUCAAGCUCGCCGAGGCCGAGAGAGCUCUCCAGGCGCUCGCUGCCGAUACGGGCGGAUUUUUGGAGGUGUCGGAGGAAGGCGACGUUUUAUAUGUAUUCCCGAAGGAUUAUCGCACUAAGCUUGUUGCAAAAUCUUUUAGGAUGAAAGUUGAGCCUUUUCUGGACAAACUUAAGGCAGCAGGUGCAUAUUUGAUCAGGGUUUCCUUUGGAACAGCACUUAUUGCCUCAAUAAUUCUUGUGUAUACAACAAUAAUUGUUCUUAUUUCAAGUCAAAGUGAUAGAGGUUCUUCUGUUAACAGUGAUGAUGAUAAUCGUGGAAGGCGACGAGGAAGAUCUUUUGACUCCAAUAUCACUGUUUUCAUUCGGCCGUCUGAUUUAUUUUGGUAUUGGGAUGUGAACUACUAUAGGAGGCGACAGAUGAGCACAGAUGAUGGAAUGAACUUCAUUGAAUCUGUUUUUUCGUUUGUCUUUGGUGAUGGGGAUCCAAAUCAAGGACUGGAAGAAGAGAGGUGGAAGAUGAUUGGGCAGUACAUUGCUUCUAAUGGUGGCGUUGUUACUGCAGAAGAAUUGGCGCCAUAUCUUGAUGUAUUGCCUACUGAAAAGACAGAGGAUGAUGAAUCAUUUAUCCUACCUGUGCUCUUGCGAUUCGACGGCCAUCCAGAAGUUGAUGACCAGGGUAACAUUCUCUAUCAGUUUCCAUCACUGCAACGAACUGCUUCAGCCAAAAGGGUUGGUAGAAAAGAGUAUGUUGGUAAAAGGUGGGCCGAGCUAAUUAAUGGGAUUGAUAAAUAUUUUAAGGAGAAGAAGUGGCGGUUCAGUAAGACAAGUAUGUCUGAGAGAGCAAUGGUUGUUGGUUUGGGAGCACUCAAUCUUUUUGGAGUAGUUGUUCUGGGAAGCAUGUUGAAGGAAAUGACAUUUACCCCUGGCGGUUUCGUCUCAUUUGUUGCUCAGCUAUUUCCUCUACUUCAGAUAUAUGCUGCUUCCUUUUUCGCAAUCCCUCUCUUCAGAUGGUUUCUACUUCUUAGGACAAAUGCCGAAAUCACAAAGAGGAACCAGGCGAGGCUUGAAAGAGCUCGCAAACUUGAGUUGCCAGAGCCAUCUCUAAGAAGGAAGUUGUUGAGUGCUCGAGACAUGGCACAGCAAAAAGUGAUAGGCUCUGAGGAGAUUGUCUACAGCACACAGAAGGAUAUCCUGGAUCAAGACUUUGAGGGCAGGGAGUGGGAUAAGCGAUUUAGGGAACUCGAGUCAGAAUAAGGGAAUAAACAAACGCCUAACCUGCCAAAUUCUGCUGAUUGGUAUCACUUAGCUGAGGAAUUUAACUAUAAUUAUCUGUCCUCUUAAGAAAGAGAGGACCCUCAGUCAAUUUUGCAAUCUGAUGCCGCCAAUUCGAAGACUUGUGCUUAUUCAAUAUCUACUGCUGCUGUGAAAACCACAAGCUGGAAGCUUAAAGAAUGACACUUUCACUGUCGCCUGAAGCCACGGAAGCGUAGUUAAUGUGAUUGUGUACAGGACGGUGUUUACGUUUCUUUCUAUUUUUCAUUUCGUCGCGCUGAAGAUGUUGUCGCUUGUAACUUCGUAAUGUUGAAGUGGUGAAUAAUAUUUAAAUCUGUACAGUGAAAGAGUUUAUUGAUGGCUACACCGUUACAAUGGAGAAAUUCUAAACUCUGUAGUGAGCAGUUGAUCUGUAGCUUCUCGGCAUCUUUUCGGCAGGUGCAUGCUGAACUAAGCUGUUGUUUGAGUUGUACGCGGCAUAUUUUUGCCAGUAAGUUGCAUUUGGACUUCA